GGGGAACCCACGCUUUCUCGAAAUAUUACGACUUCAUCCUCUAAGUCUACUAUUUUUAUUAAGAGUGGCCCUGAAACGCUCUGGCCCUCUUCGAAAAAACGUUUGGACGCCGUUGUUCUAAACUAACGAGCCGCGCAGGUGUUUACAACUACAUUUCCCAUGGUGCACUUCGGCCAGUCCGCCCGAACAAAGUGGCUCCAGACGGCGAAGCUUUUCCCCCUCAGUGCUGCUCAGAUUGAUGCUAACAGGCUAACGGACCUCAUAUCAAGAGUAAUGGGGGAGUAAAGUGCGACAUGGCAAAAGAUGUGCUUGAUGGACACAACGCCCAUAACCUUUCACCUGCAGCUGGGGGCAGAGCUCUCGUCAUGAAUACACAACUCUAGCGGCGAUUUCCCGACUUGUCAUGGAGACUGUGGCAGGAAGUGAGCCGGCUGGUGCAGCUGGUGGGCAACCAUCAGAUUUUAUAUCCCAUGAUCCUCAGCAGCCCCAGACACCACCAACGGGAAAGCUCAGGAAGACGGCCUUCAAGUUUUUUGGAGGUCGGAAGAGCAUUUGCAUGCUGCCAAGCUUCUUUGGAGGACGGGGUAAAGGGCAAGGAAGGGGGUCCUCCAAAACUGGCGUAACCAAGAGCCAGACUUACGAUGGUGUGAGCAGAGGAUGCUGGGAGGAAAGUAUCAGGGGCGGUGGUGAUGUGACUUCAGCGGACUUUGAGUUCCUUAAUCCGAAUGGCUCAUGUGACCCACAAAAAACGCAGGAAGGUUUCGGGAAGUCGCAGUCCCUUCCCCGACAAAGGAGAGGUCUGCGAGGUCUCUUUAGCAGCAUUAGGAGGCACCGGAAGAACAAACACAUUGAACAAGAGAGAAAUGAGACGCUUGAAAUGUCCUCGGGUGAAACAGUGCCUCAGUCGAACCUUGGUCGUUACAGCGAUGACGGCGACAGUCGUCUGGGCGAGGUGUCAGAGCCAGAUGUGCCUACUGCAGUUGAUGGCAGCGAUUCUGCAAAGCCGCUUGCCUCUGCUGCUGACGAAUGUACAAAGGAUGAAAUGCUAGUGCCUGAGAAACAAAAAAGCAAGGGGAAGGUGGUUGAGGAAGGGGACAAAGAAAAGAGGGGAGAUGAAAGGAAAGAUGGUGAUGAGAAGCAGGAAGGACAGAGGAAGGGAAGACUGGCUACAUAUCGGCAGCCCUUGUCUGCGGACUCUGAGAUGGAUCGCCUGGCUGAACUGAAUGCAGAUUUACCUGAGGGCCAGUUGCCUGCAACGUCUGCUUCCUCUGACAAUGUAAACCUGAUGUUUGGAGACGUGUCUUCUCUUAAGAGUUUUGAUUCUCUGACUGGUUGUGGGGACAUAAUUGCCGACCAGGAUGAUGUCAGCGUUGCAGAAAGUUCGGUGUCUGGCGAGAGGGGAAGUCGCAAUGCUGGCAAACGCAGCUCCUGCCUCAUUACUUAUCAAGGAGGCGGAGAGGAGAUGGCAACUCCAGACGAGGUGGACAGUGAGUACUUACAUAGUCUUUGGGAGUCAGAUGUUGGCAAUGAGGUUUGCUACCUCCCAUCGGAGCAGACCGACAGUUUAUCAAUAACUCCUGAUCAGCCAAUUGGCUCCUUUCAUACUGCCACUACCAGCAGCAGCGGCAACACCAGCACUAGCCCUUUGGGAGGCACAGAAACUGCCCUUACACCUACUGAUCUUUUAACCCCUCAGAGUGACCAACAGGAAUCUGUACCGAACAGUGAUGAGGGUUACUAUGAUUCCACCACACCAGGAGCUGACGAGGAGACUAGGGAACGUCCGCAGCAAGAAAGACUUCCCCGUGACAGCUAUAGUGGUGAUGCCCUUUAUGAACUUUUUGAGCCUGAUGACCGAUUGCUCAGUCCACCUCUUCCCUCGAAAGACAGUCACGGGUUCCUGGGAGCUCCCUUGCAGGGCAGCAAAGGCAAAGGAGACCUGCUGUAUGCCCUGACAUCUGCUGCCUUGGAAACUGGUGCCAUGGAGACAGAGGAGGAACGUCUCAGUAAGAUCCAGCAUGCCUUGCUGUGCUGCGAGCUGCAGAAUCUGAGAAGCCCGUCCAAAGAUCAGCUUCUAUACUGUGGUGAUUGUUUCUACAGCGCCACAACCCCGCUUGAGGGCAACUGCAAAAACUCAGCUGAGGAAGGUCUCCAAAAGCAUGGAACCCGAUCACUGCAGGGAUCCCACGUCAUAAAGGAAGCUUUGUCCCAUGGUGGGCCUCAGCUUCAGCACAAACCCUUAUAUGGACCAGUGACUGAUUCAAGGUUCAGCCCAAAGGUCUCAAGAACACCCAGUAUUCUGCAAGAUACAAUCCUGUUUUCUAAGCAAGAACGGAGUGAAGCUUCAGAUGGGAGCGCCUUACCAUCAACCAGAGGCUGCAGCCAGUCCCAAGAAGAGCUGAUGGUCUGUUUCUCGCAAGCAUUGGUGGACUUCACCAAAAACACCCGAAUGUACCGCAACUCCACAGAAAGUCUGGAUGGCUCAGAAUCCAGCUCGCCAUUUGGCCCAAGCCUGAGUGCUCUUCCUGCCAUUGUCACUUUUGAUGUGGUCGACAUGGAGAAUGAGGGAGAGUGUGAACAGCAGACAGAACUUGCAGAAGAAGAGGAGGAGUUAUCUUCCCCAUAUGAGCCGUUUGAGGAUGACGGCUGCUACCUGCAGCAAGACGCCUUUGCUGAGUGUGAUCAGAGAACUUUCGAUGCCUAUGAGCAAAGCUUGUUGGUCAGCAAUGCGUGGGGGAUCACAAGCCUUCCACGUCACCUUAGCCUGGGCCGACCAGGCCCUCCUGUUCCUGCCCCACUAGCACUUAACCGACGUAGCCGUUCUCUGGAUACAGACAGUCUGGACUUCCAGACCAGCGCUCUUUAUGCAUCAGUAGUUUCCCAUGGUCCUAAGAUGGCUCCUUCCCUCCAGCACAGGAAAAAUAGUCCUGAAAUGGGUGACUGUUGCGACAUGGCUUCACCGCGACUCUCAGAAAGGGGCCGCAUAGAUGGUUGGAGACAGGGACAUGGUUCUGAAUUUGACUCUCCCCGGAAGGCCACACUCUCCUCUCAGCAGCAACAAAAGUUCUCACGUGGCAGUCCCUGGAUGGAAACGAUGUCCAGCUGUACCUCUACCUGUCAUCAAACAGUCAGACCCUCACAUCUCCCCCUACAGGCUUCCUGCCGCAACGGCAGCUCAGCACGUAUCGCCAGAGCAGAUGCUGAAGGAGACGUAAUGACUGGAGGAGGUGAUGCCAUGUACCCUUGCAGUUACCCACCAUCAGGAACGCAGUGGAAGAGUCGACCAGUUGGCGUCACCCAGGGUAUACCCCACCUACGUGCUGACCAAUUGGAGAACCCAAGAGAGAUCACAGCCAAGAGUAGGAGGGCUGAAAUCGAAGGGGAGUUCUCCCCGGCGACACCUAAACGCACCAUGUAAACAACAAUCAACUUUCACAUGCAAAAAUGAAAACAUUAGGUAGGUCUCAUCACCAAAGACACAGCUGGAUGUUUACUGACCAUCUUGAUUUGUAUACACUUGCCCUCCUAGGUUCGCUGGUAUCUCCAGAUAAGCUAUUAUAUUUUAGUGAUGGUGCAGUUUUUGGUUAUUUUCUUCUCCACCAGUGUUUUGUCUGUUUUCUCAAAAGAACUGCCAUUGAUUUUUAUGACUAGCCAUGUUGUUUCGCAUAUAUGUAGCAGUUGUGUCUUUGACCAUUGACCAGAAAUCGAGCUUUUUGUUCUGUGUUUUGAAAGUCUGUUUGACUUCUCAGAUAUUAAGUAUCACUUUGAACAGAUUUUUUUUAAUACAGCCUAUAUGCUAGCACAUUAGAACAGGGACACUGUGUUGGCGCAAUUUCUGCCUCUACUGGAAUACCACGUAACGUGGUGGCGGCGUGGAGUAUCGGACCUUCUCUUUAGACGGACCCUGAAUGUGAGAGGACCCGUGGAGUUCUGAGUUACGCAUAUCUUCCCCCGAACGCUUUUCACAUAUGCUGUAUGUUACGCUGUUAUCAUGUUUACAUUUUUUAAAACUAUUUUCAAUAGUAUGUUUUUUUUUGUUUUACCACACUUCUGCACUACAUUAGUGAGGAAAUGCGCUUGCACACUCAAAGACAUCUAGUCAUGCACCGAUCCGAUAUGCUGGAUCGUUAUCGGCAUCGAUAAUGACCUUAAACGAAUCAGGUGUCGGCCAGACGACUUUCAGUACCUGAAACGAAAGCUUGUCGUUUCAAAGUGAUAUAAAUCUCAAGUUUUAACUUAUUACUUAUUAAUUAAACUCGAUUUUUUUUUUGCAAAUAUUUUUAUAAAUUGAAAUUCAGGCUUGAAUUUUUUUUAUCGUCCAAGACCAGAAUAUCCACCUGUUUUUGGGAUGACCCCUGAAUGGCCAGACUGCCAGUAAGUUCUGGUUGUGAUGUCACAGUACACGGAGGUUUGGUCGCCUCUGAUUGGUCCAACUUAUGUAAAGGCAUUUCAUGAGAUCAGUUACCAGGUUCAAAAUCCCUUCUUAUGACAAUGUACACGCUUAAAAAAAGAUGGUUCUUCAAAGGUUCUUUCGUAAAGACCAUGAACCGUGAACACCAAGAUCCGUUUGUAUGCUAAAAGAGUGUUGUCUUGUAUACGGUUCUAUGUAGCACCUAAAAAGGUUCUUCUGUUGUUAGACUUCACACCAUAACAAUAGCAGAACCCAUUUUUGGUGCUGUAUAGAACCCUAUACAACACGUUCUCCAUCAGACUGAAGAACCAUUUCACCUUCCAUCUUCGGUCAUGCAGAUCGGUCUUGGUGUGUUCAAGGUUCUAUAUAUAACCACUGUCUUUACAAAAGAACCAACCUUUUAAGAACCUUGAGGAACCGUCUUUUUGAGAGUUUAGGCUGUAGAACAAAUUGCAGCUGUUGCGGUUUGAAAUUCGCGCUCUCUUAAAUUGCGAAUAAAAAAAAAAAGAUUGAUCGUUCAGCCGAUCUAAAACCGUACAUACGACUAAUUAUUACGAGUGACGAAUUUACCUGUUUAAGGAGGUGAAACGAGUAUUUUAUUUAAAGUUUUUUUGGCAAACGUGAAAUAUCUACUAAAGCACUGUCAAAAUAAAAGCCCCUCUGAGAAAAGCGUGUCAGAAUAAAAGCCCUGUGCAUCAAGUAAGUAUUUUUUUCAGUUUAUCCAUUUUAUGCAGGCUAGAAAGUCUCAUUUUUGGGUGACUUUGGGAUAAGAUAAUACAGCGAGAUUCACUUGAAAGAGGCCCCGCAUAUUCUGUAAUAACUCUCUCUAGGACGAAGCAGUCUGAACAAAACAAUGUGCAAUGUGCUGCUCAGUUUAUGGAGCUUUGAACAAGCUGGGAAGCCCCUGCGUUCGAGCGAUGAGGUAGGUGCCGGACAACCGUCGCAACUGCUAUUCUCCCAAUAUGCUUGCAGAUACAUUCGGGAACAUGGAGCCCCGUGUCAGUGUGUCUGGCAGAGAUCACUUCCGGAAAUGCAUGUAAUGUAAUUGAUUCCCCACACGUGAAGGUAUGUCGUGUAAUUUUUUUGGUCCAGAUUGCUUCGUCCUAACGGGAGUUACAGCAGAGUAUUUGGGGCCUCUUUCGAGUGAAUCUCGCUGUAGUUAAUAUGUCUACAGUGGUCAGUUAGAUUUUGUAGCCCUAAAAUGCAAAAGACGGAAAUGGUUGAGAAUGAAAUCUUGUCCAAUGUGCCUCAUUUUAAAAAUUGUAAAAAAAAAAUCGUUUUUUAAAAAAUCUUUAAAGUGUAAAACCGAGAAUAGGAAUAUCGAGAUUUGGAAAGAACUCUUCACUUGUGACCGCACAUUAUUUAAGUUAUAGGGAUUUUAAAUUGAAGAAAAAGUAAAAAGGCCGGAUUGGUACUCUCUGUUAGCCGAUAUUCCGAUUUCAGGUAUUGGGAGAGAAAAAGUCGGGUCGGUGCAUUCCUGAGAAACCGUUAGCAACGCUCAGAAACACGAAACCGGUCAUCAGCAAUUCAAAAUGAUGGGACGUUUUGUUUGGUCACUCGAAUCUAUGAAGAUUUUACUGUUGACUGAUGAUGCGCCUGUUUGAAGUUGUCUAAUGGAGGUUUUGCCCAGCAAGUGGCGCAACAGAACACUUGUAGCUCAGCCAGCGAGUCGCACUCGUUUAUCAAAGGUUCUGCAGACGGAACGGAGCCAUCGACUUGCUGGUGAAUGUAUGAAAACGUUGUAUAGUGUCUGUAAACACUCAUCACUGACCCUUCACUAGUUUUUGACCUUCGGUUUCAAAAGCUGUUGGGCGGCUUUAAAUAAAGCUUUAAAGCUUCUACAGUCUGAUAGCAGGAGAACCGAGCUGUUCUUGUCACGUCAGAGAACGUUGAACAAGCCACACGUUUAAUGGAUUGUUUCGUUUUCGAAGGGGAAUUCCACCCAUUUUUCAAAAUUCCUGCAUCGUUUGAAAUUAUGGUGCUGAUAGGAACCAGGGGUCUCCAUGACGACAACACAAAUAUAGCCAAUUUAUUCACGAUCAAAACCACCAGUGAACCUUCUUGAGUGUUUGAAUGCUGAUGGUAAAAUUGUGGACAAUCUGUAAAAAAAAUAAGUUUUAUUUGGGGACUAUUUUGCCUCACAACACCCUUUAUGUAUCCCUCCACUAAAAAUCAGUAAUAUAUGUCCAAGACUUUCUCAAAAACAGUACGUCAGGCAGUGAAUCCAAAACCGUUUAAUAUAGGGACUUUCUGUUAGGAGCUUUUAGAGGGGGAUGUCUGGUUCCUAUCACCACCACUGUGAACGGUUCUGACUCGGUCAGUUUAUCUAGAAUAAAGCAUUUCACACCAAACCGCUCUGAACGGCUCUGAUUAGCUAAUCUUGCAGAAGUUUCGGUUUGGAUGGUCCACUGUAGAUGCUUUGUAGAUACUCAGUAUGUCGCUGUUGUCGGAACAAAACCUCGUAUCUCUGAAACGGUCACUUUACAGGAGAAGGAAAAAACCUGCUUUACUUUUAAUGGAAGUCAAUGGAACCGGAAUUUUUUCCAAGUCAUUUUGGGCCGUUUCUUUUAGUCCAUUCAUCAGGAAAUUUACACACAAUGUAAAAUGCCUUCUUCCAAAGGCAGAGACAUCUUUAACUAACAAUCAGCUGAAAAUCCAGUUAAAAGAAACUAAAAUUGAAGGCGAACGUGGAACGUUCUGUUAAAUCCAACACUAAUCCUGAGCCUAGUCCUAACCUUAAAGUGGUUGAGUUGCUGAGUGUUACCAGAAAGUCUGUUGGUGACCCAAGUAUGUGUAGAUCGUCUGUAGGUGACCGUCCAGAUGAAGUGAGAAGGACAUUUUGAGAAGCAGGUGGAUUCGCCCUUCGAGUCUUCAGUAGGCGUUUGCUGCGAGUUCGUUGAUCAGGUCAGUUUCCUGACUUGUCUGUGAACGAAUGUGAAAAUAGUCUCAACACCGCAAAACACGUUUUUCCCCCAGAUGGCGCCAAAGCCGUCGUCAUGCACUGGCGGCGUUACGCGACACGAUGGUUUCGGGUUUGUUUUUGCUUUGAUGUCGAGCGACAGGAGCACGUUUCCUCCGACAGACUCGAUGCUGUUUGUGAUGAGGGUUUGUUUUUAAAUCGUUUGUAGUGUUUUUUUUGUAUUCUUGCGUUUGGUACAGUCCUCUUUGUGAUCGGUGGUUGAAUGUUGACUCUCUUUCUGCUGAGCCGGCGGAAAAACAUCACGAGGAAACGUUUUGUUUUUUAUACAUAUGGAUGUAAA